AUGAAGUUCAUGAUUGAUGACCUGCCAAUUCUCUUUCCAUACCCCAGAAUCUAUCCAGAACAAUAUGCAUACAUGUGCGAUCUCAAACGCACUCUGGAUGCGGGAGGUCACUGUGUCUUGGAGAUGCCUUCAGGAACUGGAAAAACAGUGACUCUGUUAUCUCUGAUCGUGGCAUAUCAACAGCACUACCCGGAACACCGCAAACUCAUUUACUGCUCGCGUACAAUGUCUGAGAUCGAAAAAGCACUUGCCGAAUUAAAAGCUUUGAUGAAAUAUCGAGCGGAACAACUUGGCUAUGUUGAAGACUUUAGAGGACUGGGUCUUACUUCACGUAAAAAUCUGUGUCUGCAUCCUUCGGUCAAGCGAGAAAAGAGUGGCACCAUCGUCGAUGCCAGAUGUCGUUCCCUCACAGCAGGUUUCGUCAAGGAGAAAAAGGAGAGGGGCGAGGAUGUAGAACUUUGCGUCUACCAUGAGAACCUCGAUCUUCUGGAGCCACACAAUCUGAUCCCGCCAGGUGUCUUCACGUUUGACGAUGUGCUCAAAUAUGGCGAGGAGCAGAAGCAAUGUCCAUACUUUACAGUUCGACGAAUGAUGCCCUUCUGCAACGUUGUCAUCUACUCAUACCACUAUCUACUAGAUCCCAAGAUCGCCGAGCGAGUAUCCAAGGAACUCUCCAAAGACUGCAUUGUCGUUUUCGACGAAGCUCACAACAUCGACAACGUUUGUAUCGAGUCAUUAAGUAUCGACAUUACCGAAGACUCGUUACGGAAGGCUGGAAGAGGUGCAGCAAAUCUGGAGAAGAAAAUCAGCGAGAUGAAGACCACAGAUGCAGCAAAAUUGCAAAACGAAUAUGCAAAGCUUGUGCAAGGUCUUCGAGAUGCGGAUGAAGCAAACGAUGAAGGAGCUUUCAUGAGGAACCCAGCACUGCCGGACGACCUACUCAAAGAAGCCGUGCCAGGAAACAUCCGAAGAGCAGAACACUUUGUUGCUUUUCUCAAACGUUUCGUCGAGUACCUCAAGACUCGCAUGAAAGUACUGCACGUCAUUUCAGAGACACCGCCAUCUUUCCUCCAACACCUUAAAGAGCUCACCUUUAUCGAGAGAAAGCCUUUGCGCUUCUGCGCAGAACGUCUAACAUCUUUGGUAAGGACUCUGGAGCUGCAAAACAUUGAGGACUACCAACCGCUACAAGAAGUCGCCAGUUUCGCUACCUUGGUCGCAACAUACGAAACAGGCUUCCUUCUAAUUCUCGAACCUUAUGAAUCAGAAACCGCCACUGUACCCAAUCCCAUUCUACACUUUACCUGCCUUGAUGCUGCAAUCGCCAUCAAGCCAGUCUUCGACCGCUUCAGCUCGGUGGUCAUUACCUCCGGAACAAUCUCUCCUCUGGAAAUCUACCCAAAGAUGCUCGGCUUCAACACAGUGGUUCAAGAAUCUUACAGUAUGACACUGGCUCGUCGUUCUUUCUUGCCAAUGAUCGUAACCAGGGGAAGCGACCAAGGCGCCAUCUCCUCCUCGUUCACCAUUAGAAACGAUCCAGGUGUCGUCCGCAACUACGGCAACCUCCUCAUCGAAUUCUCAAAAAUCACUCCUGAUGGUAUCGUGGUCUUCUUCCCUUCGUAUCUAUACAUGGAAAGCAUCAUCUCCAUGUGGCAAGGCAUGGGCAUCCUCGACCAAGUCUGGAAACACAAACUCAUCCUCGUCGAAACACCCGACUCGCAAGAGACCUCGCUCGCACUGGAGACCUACCGAACAGCCUGCAGCAACGGCCGCGGCGCAGUCUUGCUAUGUGUCGCCCGCGGCAAAGUCUCCGAAGGCAUAGAUUUCGACCACCACUACGGACGCACUGUGCUUUGCAUCGGCGUCCCCUUCCAAUACACCGAAUCCCGUAUCCUCAAAGCUCGUCUCGAAUUCCUCCGCGAAACGUAUCGGAUUCGCGAAAAUGACUUUUUGAGUUUUGAUGCUAUGAGGCAUGCUGCUCAGUGUUUAGGUCGUGUCUUGAGAGGAAAAGACGAUUAUGGAAUCAUGGUGCUUGCAGAUCGCAGGUUUGGCAAGAAGCGCACCCAGCUUCCGAAGUGGAUUAAUGCUGCUUUACUGGAAGGCGACUCGAAUCUCUCUGUUGAUCAGGCUGUAGCCACAGCAAAACGGUUCCUCAAAAUGAUGAGUAAACCCUUCCCGGCAAAAAUGCAGGAAGGAGUUUCCACAUGGAGUAUUGAGGAUCUGAACCGCCAUAAGGAAAAAGUGGACAAGGAGAGGGCAAGGGAUGAGAGGAAUGCAGGGAUCAGUGGUGAUGCUGUUAUGAGGGAGGCUCACCAGACCGCUGAAGAUGAAUAUGGAGAUUUGGAUGAUGAGGAUAUUAUGCAGGUUGAUGCUUGA